AGUAGUCAAAAGACGAGCGAUGUAUUAUCGCUCGAAGACAACUUGAACUACAUAACGUCAUAAAAAAUAGGAAAAUAUUUACCAGUUUAUCAGGACUUAAGGCGAAUGUGUUGUUUCGUGAAUUUGUUUCUAUAUUCAUAAAGAGUACAACGGAAAUAUUGACGGUUGAAAGGGGGCAAUCUUGUGUUUGUUGUCAACUAUCAGCGUGGGACGGUAUAAUCUGAGCGAAUCAUGGUUGGUUGUCAUGUUUUUCUUUGUUUAAUGCUUAAGUUUUGGUGGACAUUCGUGACUUUCCCGUUAAUGUUUUAAAGGAGGUAGAUCUAUUUUGGUUUCGUAAUGAACUUUCCCAAAAGACCAGGUUGCUAUAUUAUUGAACUAGAACUAGGGAAACUGGACCAACUGCAUGUUGUUGGGUUAGAUUCUUCAUUUUAAAGACGAAAGGGCAGACACAGUGGAAGAAAAAUUUUCUGUAAUUUUAAAAUAGAUUUUCUUAUUUUUACCAUGACACGCUCGUGUCUGUCAGUUACCAGUUUGUUUCUUUCAGUUCAUUUAAUUAAGCGUUUCAUGUGCAUGUUCCCGUCUAGAAGAUCCAGGAUUCAUGCGAAAUCAUCAGUAGUACCUGCAUAAGACCGUCUGAAAACUUGAAGAUGUGCUCAAGAACAGACUAUUCUGGGUUCCCCCUUAUCCUACACCUUGGGAGGACAUUCAAAGGAAAAUCCUUGGUUUCUCUCACUUCAACCAAUUUCAAUUCUAAGUGCUGGUGCCGAUGAAGAAAAGGCAGAAACCGCUCGACUUUCUUCCUUCAUUGGAGCUAUUGCUAUCGGUGAUCUUGUUAAGACUACUUUGGGUCCUAAAGGAAUGGACAAAAUCCUCCUCUCACCCGGCGAUACUGUAGAAGUGACAAAUGAUGGUGCUACUAUUUUGAAGUCAAUCGGUGUAGAUAAUCCUGCAGCUAAAAUCCUUGUUGAAAUGAGUAAAGUUCAAGAUGAUGAGGUUGGUGAUGGUACAACUUCAGUAACUGUUCUAGCUGCAGAAUUAUUGCGUGAAGGUGAACAGUUGAUCGCUGCUAAGCUUCAUCCUCAAACUAUUGUACAAGGUUGGCGUGAGGCUACCAAACUGGCCUUGGUGGCUCUUGAUUCCGCUGCACACCAGUCAUUAGACCAGUCAGAUGCUGAGUUUCGUGAGCGUCUGUUAAGUAUUGCACGUACAACUUUAAGUUCCAAGCUUCUGACACAACAUAAAGAACACUUUGCAAAUUUAGCUGUAAAUGCUGUUCUUCGUCUCAAGGGUAGUGGAAAUCUUGAUGCUAUUCAAAUUAUUCAGAAGCUGGGUGGAACCAUGACUGAUUCUUAUUUGGAUGAAGGCUUUCUUCUGGAUAAACGACCUGGUGUUAAUCAACCUAAACGAGUGGAAAAUGCCAAAAUACUGAUCGCCAACACUCCUAUGGAUGCAGAUAAAAUUAAAGUAUUUGGAAGCAAGAUCCAAGUAGAUGCUAUUUCGAAGGUGGCUGAAUUAGAACUAGCUGAAAAGCAAAAAAUGAAAGACAAAGUGGACAAAAUUUUAAAGCACAACUGUUCAGUAUUUAUUAAUAGGCAGUUAAUAUAUAACUACCCCGAGCAGUUGUUUGCUGAUGCUGGUGUUAUGGCUAUUGAGCAUGCAGAUUUCGAAGGUGUGGAGCGAUUGGCCUUAGUUACUGGCGGAGAAAUCGUCUCCACAUUCGACUCUCCUGAGACUACAAAAUUAGGACAUUGUGAUUUGAUAGAAGAAGUGACAAUUGGUGAAGACAAGUUACUUCGAUUCAGCGGUGUUGCUAUGGGUGAGGCUUGCACGAUUGUCUUGAGGGGUGCUACAAAAAGUAUUCUGGCAGAAGCAGAACGCUCUCUUCAUGACGCUUUAUGCGUUUUGGCUCUUACAGUAAAAAAUCCUCGGACAGUUUGUGGUGGUGGAGCUAUGGAGAUGUGGAUGGCUGAAGCAGUAGCACAGGGCGCUGCUAAAACACCAGGAAAAAUAUCUUUAGCUAUGGAAUCCUUUGGUCGAGCCUUGAGACGCUUGCCUUCUAUAAUAGCCGAUAACGGCGGUUAUGAUAGCGCGGACUUGAUCUCUCAGUUACGUGCUUCUCAUGCAAAUGGCGAAAAAUCCAUGGGUUUGGAUAUGAACAAUGGAGUAAUUGCAGAUAUGAAUGAGCUCGGGAUUAUUGAAGCAUAUGACGUAAAGCAUCAUUUGGUGACAUCAGCUGCAGAAGCUGCGGAGAUGAUAAUACGUGUAGAUGACAUCAUUAGAGCUGCUCCUCGUCGUCGAGCUCCUCGAAGGCAUUAAGUGAAAUUAGCUUUACUAUCAAUUGUUUGUGAAGUAAACACUAAAUCCAUCAGUUGGGAUCAUGAAAUAUAAGUUGUUUGUAUA